CGCCGCCAUGGCGGGCAGCGCCUUCGCGGAGCGCAGCGUGGCCCUGCUCUGCUGCCGCUUCUGCCGGCAGCUGCUCAGCUCGCGCGGCAUGAAGGCCGUGCUGCUGGCCGACACCGACGUGGACCUCUACUCCACCGACAUCCCGCCCUCGGGUACUGUCGACUUCACUGGAAGCUGCUACUUCACCGAAAUCUGCAAGUGCAAGCUGAAGAACAUCGCGUGUUUGAAAUGUGGUAACGUUGUAGGUUAUCAUGUGAUUUCUCCAUGCAAACCUUGCCUGCUCUCCUGCAAUAAUGGCCACUUCUGGAUGUUCCAUAGCCAAGCAGUCUUUGGCAUCAACAGACUAGAUUCUUCUGGUGUGAAUGUAUUGCUCUGGGGCAACUUGCCAGAUUUGGAGGAAGGCACAGAUGAAGAUAUGUCAUGCAUCUCUGAGGAGGAGUAUAUCAGAUAACAGCUAUCUACAAUAUAUUUCAAUGUCUUCCCUUGUUAUGUUACAUUUAUGUUUCUUUUGGGUCUUCUGUUUUCUUUUUCUGCUGGCCCAUCAGAGCUCAAAAAUAUAGGAAACUGGGUAGUCUAGAAAACAAGGCUGAAGAAAAAAAAGAUUUUCCUAUUUCACUGCAGUCUCCUAGUCUUGCUCUUGCUGCUGCCUACAUGCAUGUCAUUCUGACCUAAGACACUCCUUGGUUAGAUCAGUCUUUCAUACCUGCCAUCUGCCUGUCCAGAUUCUAUUUCUCAAGUCUGUUUUAUUCUCUUUGAAAUCUCAACAGUGCAUAUUUACCUGUAUUUUCAUUUUCCCUAAAACAGUGUUCAUGAGGCUGAGUUUUAGUCACUAUAAACACAGCUUUAAAAUGUUGAGAAUUAGUCUGGUUGACUAUGAUGCUCGGAAAGAGCUUUGCUUUUGAAAUCACAUGAAUCCUAAGCAUUUAAGGCACACUAAGAUAUUCCUAAAUGGGGACCUGAGGAGCCAUCAUAUGAGAAUCCCCAUCUCUGUCUUUCAGUACCUCUGUGAUCAAGUUUUGCUAGAUAUGAGAUGUAUUUUUCUUGGUAGAAAUGUAAUACUGUAGUUAAUGCCUACUGUAACAUAAGGAUUACAGUGAAAUUUUCAUUAGUGUCAGCAAUAAAAUCCAUCGCCUUUUGGGCAUUUUCCUUGAAGAAUAAAAAUCUCUUCAAAAGAAGAUGCAAAGAUGUGGAUGGGAAUCUUCCUAGAGAGAAGACACAUACACAGGUUAAAUAUUCUAUGACCAUGCCUAGCUUUACAUACUAGAGCAUACAGACAAUCUGAUUCCUAUAGAAAUAAUGGAUUAUCUGAGCAACUUGUCAUAGUACUUAAUUUAUGAACCAAAUGUUGUUCAAGCUAGUCGCCUGAAGGAAUAUCUUUGGCAAAGUAAGGCUACAAUCAUACAAAGUCAGAGAAUUUUAAGCUCAGACUAAUGCUGAAGUCUAGUGUAGCUUCUCAUGCUACUCUGAAGUACCAGGGCAAAGCCUGAAUUGCGGGUUUUUUUA